AUGGCAGGCAAGAAGAAAGAUAUCCAGUUCCAGACCAUAAUAACCGAUGAAAACAAGUGGGAUGAAAUGUUGCUGUCAAAAGGUGUAGUAGUAAUAGAUGUGUAUCAAGCUUGGUGUGGUCCUUGCAAAGCUGUGGUGAGCUUAUUCAAAAAACUGCAGACUGAGUUGGCUGAAGAUGAUAUGUUGCAUUUUGCAGUGGCAGAGGCUGACAGCAUUCCAGCACUGGAAAUAUUUAGGAAUAGAUGUGAACCUGUGUUUCUUUUUUGUGUUAAUGGCAAAAUUAUUGCAGAAGUGAGAGGUGUAAAUGGUCCUCUUUUAAAUAAAAGGAUAACAGAACUAGUGCAAGAAGAGAGAGAAAUUGCAGCUGGAACGAAGGAACGUGUCCAUGUAGAUGAACUUGUUUUCGUACGAGAGGAAUCAUCAGAAGAUUCUGUUGAGGAGGAUGUACCUGAAGAAGAACCUGGAGACACUCAAGUAAAAUAUUCUAUUGGAAUUAUAAAACCUGACGAUGUCUUAGAGGGACGUGUAGAAGAAAUUAAACAACGGAUUAGAGACGCUGGAUUUGCCAUUGAAGCAGAGGAGGAGAAAAUGCUAACUGAAGAGCAGAUCAGAGUAUUCUAUGACUCAAAGAAAGAGCAGCCUGAUUUUGACGAUUUUGUUCAAUUCAUGAUGAGUGGACCGUGCCAUGUUUUGGUAAUCACUAAAAAAGAAGCAGCUGAUGCUAUUCCUCACUGGAAAGAACUACAUAGAUCGAGUGGGAGUGAUGACCCUGAGGCUGAAACAUCAGAGAGCUUGGCAGAAACCAAGGAAACUGAGAGUAUCCUAAAUGUAUGUGAUGUGCAAGACAGUUUAGAAGAUGCCAGCAGGCAACUUGCUUUCUUUUUCCCAAAUUUUGAUAUAAAUAGGCCAGACUCAAAAACUGAAAAGACUUUGGCCUUAAUUAGACCUACUCUCUUGAAGGAAAGACGAGAUUCUAUAAUUCAGACAAUAAGAGAUGAUGGCUUCCAAAUUGCAAUGCAGAAAGAAAUAAUCCUAACUGAAGAAGAAGCACGUGAAUUUUACAAAGAGCAUGAAAAUGAAGACUACUUCCCAGCCCUUCUGGAACAAAUGACCAGUGGUCCAACUCUUGUACUUGCUCUAACAAGAGAAAAUGCUAUAGAACACUGGAGAAAUCGAUUGGGCCCAAAGACUGUUGAAAUGGCUAAGAAGGAAAAUCCAGAGAGCUUGCGUGCAAAGUAUGCAUUCGAUGACGUCCCUAUUAACCAGCUGCAUGGUAGUUCUACACGUGAUGAUGCUCAGAAGGAAUUGGAGUUCUUCUUCCCACAGGAGCACACACUGGCAUUAAUCAAACCUGAUGCUGCAAAAAAUCAUAAAGAUGACAUUAUGCAGAAAGUUAAAAAUGCUGGAUUUACUAUCUCAAAGAUUAAAGAAGAAGCUUUAACUCAUGAAAUGGCUACAAAGUUUUACAAUCAGCACAAAGGAAAACCCUUUUUCGAUGACUUAGUGUCUUGUAUGACUGAGGGACCAUCAGUGAUAAUGGUCUUAACAAAGGAAAAUGCUGUGGAAGAGUGGAGGCAACUGAUGGGUCCAACCAAUCCAGAUGAGGCAAAAGAGAUCUCUCCUGAAUCAAUUCGAGCUCAGUUUGCAAAAGACAUUUUGUCUAAUGCUGUUCAUGGGUCAUCUACUAAAGAACAUGCUCUGGAAACCAUUGAGUACAUAUUUGGUGAGCUUGACGUAGCUUGA